CUUUUAUGACGUCACUUUAGAUACUUGUUGACAUCGCGAAAGCGAAGAAACCGCUAUAACCCCCCAAGGACAUUGUGUUGACUUUCUAAUUUGUUUGUUAUUAUUAAUACUUGCAAGACAACAGCUACGGUUGAAGCAAAUGUGCCUAAAUUCACAAUUAUUAGAGGCACAAUACAAGAAUUGGUACUACAUGCGUGCGGGCUUGUGUUGCGCCGACGCCGGAAGUUAUCAGACGAAGGAAUUGUUUUGUUUAUAUUAGGAGUGGCAAAAAAAACUGCUGAAGAAUGAACAACGAGCGCGAUCCAGAUUUUUUAGAGAGUCGUAACUUGCUGGCUUCUGAUUCGCCGAACAGCUCAACCAAUCCCGUCAGCAACCAGGAAUCCAUAGAAAUGCCACAACCCGUCGAUAGAUUAAAUGCGGUUUAUUUCUUCUUUUAUAUGAUUGGUCUGGGAACACUGCUUCCAUGGAAUUUCUUCAUCACAGCUAACGAGUAUUGGAUGUUUAAACUUCAAGACAAGAACAGCACAAACUCCACUCCUAUUCCACAAAACUUUACAUCUGGCAACACUACAGCUUCACCACCUGGAAGCACUGCUGAUUACAACAGUCUACAACUCCUGUUUCAAAACGCGCUCGCACUUUGCGCCAUGCUACCCAAUGUUGUCUUCCAACUUCUUAACACAGUACUUCAACAAAGAAUAAGCGAAAAGACACGGAUGGUCACUUCACUGCUUAUAAUGAACUUGUGUUUCGUGGUCACUGUUGUGUUUGUUAAGAUUGACACAAGUUCGUGGCAACAAUUAUUCUUUGGCCUCACAAUGCUGAUUGUUGUCAUUGUGAACUGUUGUUCCGCCAUCUGUCAAUCAUCUGUGUUCGGUAUGGCUGCUUCGUUACCACCAAGAUAUACACAGGCUGUUAUGGCUGGCCAGGGCAUGGGAGGAGUUUUUGCUGCUCUUGCAAUGAUUGCUACUUUAUCUUUCAGUACAGGACCCACCAGCAGCGCGUUCGCUUUUUUCCUCACAGCUGUCAUUGUGUUGUCACUGACGUUGCUUUGUUACAUCAUACUUGCAAAGAAUAAAUUUUAUCGUUACCAUCGAGGAAAAACAUUUAGAAGAAAUUCUACAAAAAAUCGAAGCCAGAAAGCGCUUGUGAUCAACGAGAACAAACCUGACCACACGAGGGCGAAUGUGUGUGUGGAAUCCGACGAAGAUAAACCUUUGUCUCACAAUGGAACAACUGUGAAGCCAGUCCCGCCCAUGUGGAUAAUCUUCAAGAAGAUUUGGUUACAUUGCUUCUGUGUUUUCUUCACCUUCUUCGUCACCCUGGCUUGCUUCCCUGCUAUCACUGUCAACAUUAAGUCAAUGUCAACGGGACAUCUCUGGAAUGAUGUUUAUUUCACUCCAGUUUGUUGUUUCUUGAUGUUCAACUUGACCGAUUGGCUUGGGAGGUCAAUUGCUGGAUAUAUUCACAUUCCAUCUGAAAAGAGCAGAAUAGCACUUCUUAUUUCUGUUCUCAUAAGAGGGGUUUUCCCAGCAUUAUUUGCAUUAUGUAACAUGCAACCAAGAAAUGCUCCCGUCAUUUUUACCAACGACGCGUAUUAUAUUGUUUUUAUGGUUUUAUUUGGUCUUUCCAACGGACACCUGAGCACAUUAUGCAUGCAGUAUGGGCCUAAAUUGGUCACCUCGGAAAAUGCAGGCACCGCUGGUUCAAUGUUAGCUUUCUCACUUUGCCUCGGUUUGGCGUCGGGUGCUGGCUUUUCAUUUGUUCUUAAGAUGAUUAUAACAUAAUCAAUAUUGUGAUAUCAUAAGUGGUGUAGUACUUCAAAAUCGUACUUUGUUAUGCAAUAGUCAGCAAUAGUCACUGAAAUUACUUUUAGAAACCUCAAAUUUAACUCAAAAUUUUACAACUACUGCUUUACUAUUGAAAAACUAAAACCUCGCAUGUGCUGAUCACUUUUAGCUGCUCCGCUUAAGUUACAAACUGUUCCAAACUCGUUGUACUGACAUUAUAACUUGUAUAUUUUGUGUAUAUUUUAAAAGAGCAAGUUUUUCACUGUUAAACUGCUUUUACCACACUGCUUUUAAUAAGACUUCUAAGAGUGAAUGAUGCAUCGUUUUAAUGUUUACCGUUUUAAUACUUAUUUGCUACAAGUAUUAUUGCUUGACCAUAAAGAGCUAUUGGUAUAUGUUUGUAUAUUGUAACAAAUGUUGUUCAUUUUGUGUUGAAUUUGUAUGUUUUAAUUGUUCCCUUUAACAUGAAAUGUACACUUGUAAUAGUCAUCCCGUUUUAAUUUUUUUUUGUUUUUCCAAGAAUAAAAUCUAGAUUAUAACGUAA